UUCAAUCAACGAAAGCGGUUGUGCAGCGGACAAUUCAACCGAACCGGCCACAUCGCUGUGUAUUGAAAACUCGAGUUUUCUGUCGCAAAAAUACUACGUAGUGCCGGUAAAAUAUAAUUAAAUAAGGAAUAUUUGUUUCGGAAAUAUAUAAUAUUUACAUAUAUAUUUUCACGAACCUUGUGCGAGAGUGACGAAGCGGUAAAGAAAACGAGCAAUCGAAAAAUGGCGCGCUUUUUCACCUUGUUUACUUGGUGAAAAAUCAAAAUAAUCGAAAUUUUUAAACGAAACCCAAUGAAAGUGUUGAUAAACAAACGUGCAGUCAUUUUAUGAAUGUUGAAACUAAAGAAAAAAGUGAAAUAAUACGCGAAAAUAACUACGAAAACAAAAGAAAUAAGGUGUAACCUCCACUGAAAAUACUCAAAACAACAACUAACAACCACAAUUUCGUUACAUUAAAGUGCAAGCAAAGCCCAAAACCAUUGAAAAUCUGCCCAAUCUAAUGCAAAAAUGGCCGAGAGGCAUGUGUUUUGUUAUUUGUGCAACCGGCGAGUGUAAUAAACCAUAGUAAGUAACGGUAAACACUGCCACGAUGACGCGCGAGGAAGAGGAGGAGGUGCGGUCGCUGCUGUGCCGCCACCAGGAGCGCAUAAUGCUGGACUUGGGCAGCACCGAUCUGCUGGCGGUGCUCGUCAAGAACUCGGUGCUCAGCCAGUCGGAGGAGGAUCUGCUGCUGAAGCCCUACGGCGCCGUCACGCCCACGCCCUCCGCCGCCGCCUCUGCCGGCGUAGCGGGCGUCGAGCCGCCCGGCAGCGCUCCAUCGCUGACCAAACGCAAGCUCAGCGCUGUGGCCAGCAGCGGGAGCACGGCCAGCGGGGGCAGCGGCGGGAGCGGGGGCAGUGGAUCCUCGCGCUGCGCCAGCGUCAACGGCGAUGCCAACUGCGACAGCCGCUCCCUCACGCCGUCCGGCGGUGGCAGCGGCGGCGGUUGCUCCGGAUUCAACGACGCCGAAAUCCUGCGGCUCCAGUGCGCCAAUCUCAUAGAGAUCAUCGCCAAGAGCGGCUUCGAGAAGUUCAAGCAGUUCUGCUACGCCAUCGAGUGCGAGUGUCCGCAGCUGAUCGAGGAUCUAAUUAACGAUCGUCUCAAGAGCGAUGCUGCCAAUUUGGAUGAGGAAUGUCUUAGUGCGGAAAAGAUACAAAAGGAAAUCGAAACGAUCGAUUACAUUGACAAGGAAAAAGAAAACGAUCGCAAUCGUCGUGCGGUUAGCUAUGGCGGCGACAUUGCCUCCUCGCCCCAAUCGGCCACCAUGCCACGUGCAGCUCCGCGUCGCGUGGCCUUGAUGAAGGAGCCACCACCACCACCGCCACCCAAGCCGCAGCUGACAUCCAAAUCCUCCGCGGACUCCAUGUCCUGUUUGGCCAGUAAAUAUCCGCAAUCUGAGUACAAUCUCAUCCAGAAGAUUGACUCAAACAGCACACUGACAGCUCCGGCACAAUAUCAGCCACAGAACUUUUACGCAAACACUGGCACCAUUUCCUCUACGAAUGGCUACGGGUCGUUGCUGUGCCACACAAGCUCCACGGCCAGUCCGUUGGCUGUUCGCAAGCGGGACAAGCUGCUCCAUCGGUUCAGCGAUGCCGCCACUUUGGGCAGGAAGCUCAAGAAAAAGAAGAACACGAACCGCACCUGCAGAUCCAUGACAGAGGCCAUUGAGAUGCUGGCCGAUCCGGUGAUCGAGGAUGAGUUUUUUGGUGAUCGCACCACCUGGGAGUACCACACAGUGGCUGUGACCCGGGUUCCGGGAUAUGGCUUCGGCAUUGCCGUUUCCGGUGGACGUGAUAAUCCGCACUUCGCCAACGGUGAUCCCUCGAUAGCAGUCAGUGAUGUGCUGAAAGGUGGCCCCGCCGAGGAUCGAUUGCAAGUCAACGAUCGUAUAAUAUCGGUGAACGGGGUCUCGCUGGAGAACGUGGAGUAUGCGACUGCGGUGCAGGUGUUGCGGGACAGCGGCAACACCGUUCAACUGGUGGUCAAACGACGCGUGCCCCUCAACCCCGUCAAUCCAGCUGCUGUGCAGCACCAGCACUCGCACAGCCUGAGCUCUGUGGGUCUGGUGGCCAACGGCAGUGGUGGAGUUGCUCCGCCGCCGACCAUGUCGAGCCUGAGCCAGCCCAACUCCUUGAACUCGUCGCUGGUACAGAACGCCAGCGGGGGCCAGCCCAUCAAGGUCACGCUGACGAAGGGCGGCAAGAAGGACGACUAUGGAGUGGUCCUCGGCUGCCGGUUGUUUGUCAAGGAGAUCUCUUCGAAGGCCCGCGAGCAGCUGAAUGCCAAUGGGUAUAGUCUCCAGGAGGGCGAUAUUAUCACCCGCAUCCACAACACCAACUGCGGGGACACGAUGAGUCUCAAGGAGGCCAAGAAGAUCAUCGAUGGCUGCAAGGAGCGCCUGAACCUGGUGGUCCUACGGGACAUCACCAACCAGGCGACCGUCAGCCAGCUGAAUCUGAACAAUUCGGCCAUUAGCCAUCAGCCGUCGGGUAACAUUUAUGCCAGCCAUCAGGCCCAGGUCUCUGGAUGCAGCAGCGGCAACAAUAACCUGGAGGAUCCGUACCUGCCCGGCGGAGCAAGCUACUCCUCACAGAAUCUGUAUGUUCAGCCCCCCACACGAACCUCCAAUGGUCCAAGCAUGAAUGGCAAUGGCCUCAACGACGAGAAGAGCAAUCUUACGCCUCGCGGUCGCUCCCGCGGACCCCUAAUCGACGGAGUGUCGCUGCAGCAGCUGGACAGACCCGUAACACCAACGCGCGGCAGAAGCGGAGGCGCUGAUGAGCCCCCACGCCCACCGCCACCAAGGGGCUCCAGUGGCGGAGCCGCCCAGGAGGACUUCUACAGCUCCCGCAGGCAGCUAUACGAAGAACGGCAGAGUGCCGAGCCAAGAUUCAUCUCCUUCCAGAAGGAGGGAAGCGUGGGCAUCCGCCUGACCGGCGGCAAUGAGGCCGGUAUCUUUGUGACCGCUGUGCAGCCGGGAUCUCCGGCAUCGCUGCAGGGCCUGAUGCCCGGCGACAAGAUCCUCAAGGUCAACGACAUGGACAUGAACGGGGUGACGCGCGAGGAGGCCGUGCUGUUCCUGCUCAGCCUGCAGGAUCGCAUCGACCUGAUUGUGCAGUACUGCAAGGAAGAAUACGACGAGGUGGUGACCAACCAGCGCGGCGACUCCUUCCACAUCAAGACCCACUUCCACUGCGACAAUCCCUCCAAGGGCGAGAUGGCCUUCAAGGCGGGCGACGUAUUCCGCGUGAUCGACACCCUGCACAACGGUGUCGUGGGAUCGUGGCAGGUGCUCAAAAUCGGACGGGGACACCAGGAGAUGCAGCGAGGCGUGAUACCGAACAAGUCGAGGGCCGAGGAGCUGGCCACCGCCCAGUUCAAUGCCACCAAAAAGGAGAUGAAUGCGAACGAAUCGAGGGGAAACUUCUUCCGGCGACGACGCUCCACGCACCGCCGCUCGAAGAGCCUUUCCCGCGAGAACUGGGACGACGUCGUCUUCUCCGACAGCAUUUCCAAAUUUCCCGCCUACGAGCGUGUCGUUCUGCGUCAUCCCGGCUUCGUGCGACCCGUCGUUCUCUUCGGACCCGUUUCCGACUUGGCUCGUGAGCGUCUGGCCAAGGAUUUCCCCGACAAGUUCUCUACUCCUCUGCAAGAUGACGACAAAUCCGCUGGAAGUAGUGGCAAGUGCCGAAUUGUUCGCCUAUCGAACAUCCGGGAUGUGAUGGAUCGCGGCAAGCACGCCCUGCUGGACAUCACGCCCAAUGCGGUGGACCGCCUCAACUACGCCCAGUUCUAUCCGGUGGUGAUCUUCCUGAAGACGGACAGCAAGCACGUGAUUAAGCAGCUGCGCCAUGGCCUUCCGAAGGCGGCCCACAAGAGCUCCAAGAAGCUGCUGGAGCAGUGCCAGAAGCUGGAGCGCGUCUGGUCGCACAUCUUCAGCACUCAGAUCGGGCUGAGCGACGAGGAGUCCUGGUAUCGAAAGUUGCGCGAUUCGAUUGAUCUGCAGCAGAGCGGCGCCGUCUGGAUGUCCGAGUCUAAGCCCGUAGAAUCCCUCUCCGACGAUUUCCUAUUCCCCAUGACCACCUCCCGACUCUCGUAUGCAUCAAGUCCCGAAUCCGAUUUGGAACUGAGUCCCGGCCCAUCCGCAUCAUUGUCGCUUGGCAAUUUGCCGCAGUUGGUUAAAGCGAGCUCAGAUCCAUCGAUUGCCACUAAUCAGGAUAACUUGGAUAGGGAUAGAGACAUAAUUGGUGAAGGACUACCACCUCCAUAUACGGUACCCUACGACCAUGGUGUCCCCGCGAAUCCCAAUCGCCGCCAGACCAUGGACUCCAGCAAGUACAGCAUCUACGGCACCAAUGUGCCACCGCAGCAGCAACAGCAGCAGCCAUCUGGAGUAGCAGAUACCUCUGUGGUCCGGCCACAAUCUCUGUACGGUAUCAAUGCUCCAGAUCUACCUCCACGCAUCGAUCGUCAGUCUAAGCCGGGGGAUCUGCCCCUGAACACCUCAGGAUCCUCGUCGCGAAACGGAACUCUGGGUCGCAGUGCACAGGAGCGUCUCUUUGGCAAGGCCGUGAUCCAGGACGACGUCCAGGCGGAGUACAUCACCCGAAAUGCUUUGGUCGGGGCUGGUGGAGCUGAGACCAUGGAACGCCAGCAGCAGCAGCAGCAAACUCACGCAUCCUUGGAGCGUCAGGCACGCCUGAAUGCUCAGCUUAAGGCCAACGGCGGCGGCGGAGGAGGUGCUUCCACCUACGACAGCGUGUCCAGCUACGACUCGUACAACAACACCCAGAUGGCCAUGCAGAACCUGGGCCGGCUGGGUCCCAAUGCGCCCGACGAUCUCAAAUCAGUGCCAAAUGCAAGUGGUCGACCCUUGCCGCCGGUGGGCCAAGGCCAUGACUAUGGCCGUACGCCGCACGAUCAUCGCAGCUUCGGCGGUCCCAACGAUCUGAACCGCCAGAGCAGUCCAGGACGACCACAUUACCAUGAAAUGAAUGCGUCCCGUAAUAUCGAUCCACGCAAUGGCAACCCGCAGCGCCCUUCGAAUUUGGGCCUGGAAAGCAGUCCGCGCAAGCCUUUGGUGGAAACCAAAACGGAUUACGGCAAAUACAGUCGCAACAACUCCGUGUCGCAAGCGGACUACAGCAAGCUGCCGAAGACGGCGCCACACGGUGUGGUUCCGCCACCGAACGUGACCAAUGGCCAGGGCCAGAUGAAUGGCAGCGGGACGCCCAGCAGCAAUGGCAGCGGUCCCUUCAAGCCGGUGCCGCCGCCAAAGCCUAAGAAUUACAGACCCCCGGUCCAGAGUGGUGGCAGCAGUGGCAGCGGAGGUACAACUCCCUGGGAGAAUGGGGACUCUGGUUCGCCACGCUCCCCCAAUGGGUUCUACUAUCCGCCAACGCCCUCCCAUCACCACUAUGGCCAGCAGGCGACUCCCGGAUCGCCCAGCAACGGGCACAUGCAGCAAACGCCGCAACAGCAGCAGCCCACCUAUGGCGGAUCCAAUGGAAACUAUGGACAGGCACCACCUCCGCAGCCUUAUCCGCCGGCAAAUGGUUACAACGGCAACAGUCACCACUACAAUGGAGGCAGUGGGACGGGCCCCUACAUUGCACCACAUCGCGGCAUGCCACCGCCAAUAGGAAACCUACCGCCCCACACACCCGAACGCCAUGCCUUGGAUCUGGCCGGAAGUCGGGAGCAGCGUGGCUCGGCCUUCGAGCUGUAUCGUAAACCGCAAAUCGGAGCUGCCGCUGGGCACCAUCACAAUAUGAGCGAGAUGGAGCCGUACGAUGAGCGUUACAACGAUUAUUACGCCAUGCCACCGCCCUCCAAUCACCCUGCUUCCCAAGGACACCCCAUGCACCGAUCCCGCUCGGCACCGCGUUAUCCCCACGAGCGGCCACCUGCCUCCCAAGAUCCCAAUUAUUACGGGCACUAUGGCACCGCCAGAGGUCAUAGCCAGCCCCGCCAGCAAUAUGCUGCCCAGGAAUACCAUCAGUAUUACGAUGAGCAUGGCAUGGAGGUGGCACCACCGCCACUGCCGCCGCACAAGAAGAAGAAAUCGGUGCUGAAGAGCCCUCUGGCCGCCCUCAAGAAUGCCUUGAUGAAGAGCACUCGGCCUUUGAGGCGGAUGAACAGUAUGGUGGAGCCGGAGCGGAAGCCCAAGGGACUGCGACGCCAGCAAUCGAUGCUGGAGCGCGGAGUCCAGAGGCCCUACUACCCGGACGAGUAUCCCACCUAUCCUGCUGGCUUUGAGGAGCGUUCGCAUGGCAUGAUGCCGCCACAUCCGCAGGAUGUUUACUACCAGCGAGGCGGCGGCGGCGGUGGUCACUAUCCGCCGCACCAGCAGGAGAUGAUGAACAGCACCUACCAGAACCUGGAGGGUGAGGAUAUCUACGGAAAUAUAGGCAACACCGUGCCGCGAAUGCCGCAUCCUCAGGACAAUGGCUAUGGCUACGAUCAGUACGAUCUUUACGCGAACCGAGCCUGCAUCGAUCUCGAGCGACGGCAGGCGGAGGCAGCUGCAGCAGCGGCUGCUGGGGGCGGUCGGAACGGAAGAAGGAUUGUGCGCCGCCACAGCACCACCACAACGGAUCGGGGAGGAAGCCAAGGAGGACCGCCUAAAAGACCCAUGGUCAGUCCUGGCUACGAGCACGAUCCCCAGGAGAUCUACCAGACGCGCAACGGAGCCUACAUGCUGCCCGACCAGCGCAGGGCGCCCAAUUCCGAGGUGAUGACCCGCCGGCGAUUCUAUCCGGGAGCCGCCAAUGAGCAGACGGAGGAGGAACCGCUCUACCAAUCCCGCCGCGAAAUGCAGCGGGAGAUGCAGAGAAACCACCUCUACCAGUCGAAGCGUGAAAUGCAGGAGAGGAUCAGCCAGGGCAAGCGCGACAUGGAGAGGGAGUUCAGCCCGCAGAGCAGCAGCAGCCAGUCGGAGGCCUCCAAUCCGGAGGCCAUCUACCAGAGCCGAAGGGAGGCCAAGGAGAGAGCCCAGCUAAGGGAUCAGAUAUACCAGACGAGGCGGGAAGCUCUGGACAGUAUGGCGGAGCCGAUAUACGUGUCCAAGCGGGAUAUGGGCCGACCGGCGCCCAUCUACGAGUCCCGUGAGGAGAGUAUCCUUCAGUCCCGCGAAAACGAAACCGACGAGAAGAAGGAAAAAGAGGGCAAGACCGAGCAGGUUCAGGUGGAGAUCAAUGCCCAGCCGGAGGAGCAGGUCGAAGAUUCAACGCUCAGUCGCUCAGAUCUGCAGAAGUCUUCGGAUACGGUCAUUGAGAAUCCGGCGAGGGCUCCUUUAGUUCAAGACGAGGUGGAUGAAGAGGAACCGGAGGACCCAGCCGAGAGCUCAGCGGAGCAAACGGAGCAGGCCACGGCCAUUGAGAACAAUGAGCACAACGAGGGAAUGCUGCAGUCCAGUGAAACGCAGAAUGUGUCUAAUGACGAUGUCUUUGAGGCAGCAGAUCAGGUUCCUCCACUGGCCCCACCGCCAGCUCCUGUCCAGCCACCAACCCCUCGUUCCGGCAGAGCACCCUUCCACAUUUCGAAUAUCCUGAAGCGAACGGCUCCGCCUCCCAGUUCCCCCAUCGGCGACAGUUGCACCUCCAUCGAAACGCAAUAUACUUCGCAGGCCAGCCUGCCCGUGGGUCCUCCUAAUGCCACCAGCACACCGUUCAGCAGCAGCAUGUCCCUGCCCAUCGCCGGACCCGUGAACCAGAAUGCUCCCCCGGCCAAUGGGCCCUUCCCCGCGUUGCCCCGUGAGCCCAGCACCUCGCGCGGAGUCUUUGACUCGAACGGCGGCACGCUGGCGGACAAGAUGUGGAACGUUUCCCUGCAAAUUCCACCCGGCGCCAUUCCGGCCGGAGUGCGGCAGGAGAUCUACUUCACCGUCAGCGAUCCGCGAAUGGGACAGGCGGUCGGGGGUCCCCCGCUGGACAUGGAAAAUGGUGAGACAAUGCUAUCACCGCUAGUGAUGUGCGGGCCGCAGGGCCUUGAGUUCCUGGUGCCGGUUACCCUAAACAUACCCCACUGCGCCGGACGGACUGCGUCGCUGGGACUGGCCCUCAAGGCCACCGACAGCGAGAAGAAUCUGCACACCGAGUGGGACAACAUUGAUCUGCCCAGCAAUGCGGCCGCCCACACAGUCUCCGUGAAGGUGGACCACUUCUAAUCAGCAGCAUCGCUCAUCCAAUAACCAUAAGCUCGAACGAUAAACGCAAUUGUAAAUAGAUACAUAAUAUUAUUUUAAGGCCGCAUUUCCAGGGCAAGCGAGAAACUAGGCAUUGCUUAUAAUAUAAUAAUUAAUAAUUAUAAUAAUUAAUUAAUUAUAUUUAAUUUAAACCAAUAUUGUCUGUUGAUUGUGCCUUUGAGUGAUCGUUUGGCUCUGCCUUUGAACUACAUACAUAUAUUAUUGACCUAGAAACCUACGAAUCGAAUGCAAAGGAUAUUUGUAAAAAGCGAGACUAGGAUAUAAGUUUCUUUAAAAACCAUUCUGUAUAUUUUAAUGCAAGUAAUUACCGUAAUCGAUAUAUUUACAUAAUUUUAACACAUUUUAAAUGAUUUAUUUGACAUUUACUUAGCUAUUCGUAUAUUGUUUCGACCCAUGAUCCAUUACAAUUGCAUUCAAAUUGUUAGUUGCUUGCAAAUGUUGCAAGCAAAAGUUAAACAUAUACCAUAAACAUCUAUAUAAAUCAUAGCGAUAUCUUUAGGAUCCUAUACAAGCGCCUGUAUAACCAGAAAAACCCCUAAUAUACAACUAUUUAUACGCAUUUUUGUAUUAAAUUAAAAUACACAUGUGGAAAGCUUGGGAUUAAAUAAAAGAGCAAAAUCAUAA